GGGCCGCCGUCCAAGCCGGUACAUAUCCACGUCGUGGUCCACGUGUGCUCGCUCGCUCUCUCUCUCUCUCUCUUUCUCUCUCUCUCUCUCCUCUCUCUCUCUAUAUUUCUCUCUCGCUCGGUCGCUCGCUCGCUUUUUCAUCCUCGAGGAUUUGGAAGCAGGGACCGAGCGUGUCCGUGCGUGUCCCUGCUGCCGUUGGAACCGUUCAUCUUCGAGGAGGAGUCGAUCGAGAGCGGAGACGGGUUCUUCGAUUCUCUUUUUCUCUUCCGGUCACCGAGCUCCCUCCCCCCCUCGAGAUCACCUCCUCCUCCUCCGAUAUCCUUCUCUCCGAGAUCCGACCUUUGCCGUCUCCGAAUCUCUCUUCCACCUGCCCUGCUGUAUCAUCGAAAUCGUCAAAGAUCUUCUCUCCCCUCUUCCGCGAUUCACGUUUUUCCUUAUUUUUUCUCUCUCUCUCUUACGAUCGAGAGAUCGAGUAUCGGCGAGAGAGAGUCGAGUCUCCUCUCGAGGGUGUUCGUUCGCCGCUUCGCGGAAAAGAAAGGAAGGAAGGAAGGAAAAAGGAAAGGAAGGAAAGAAAAGGAAGGAGCACGACUCGAUCGGAUCGGAAUUCGGAUUUUUUUCGGUUAUAUAAUAAUCCCGUAUCCUGGGACGGCGUUGCGUUUAGGCGAAAAAAAGGAUCGUGAAAGAAGGGGGAGGGGGAUCUUUGGAUCUAUCCCUCUUCUCGUCCAAUGAGACGGUAGGGAGUAGUAAGGUUGGAUCGUGAUAAAUUGGUGGAUCGUAAAGAUAAGGGGAAGACAUCGGACGAGGCAUCGUUCAUGAAAGACUCGUAUUCAAAUACGUUUAAUGGAAUUCAUCAUUCUUCCGGCGACGAAAUCGGCGAAUCGACGACGAGAAGAACGAAGAUUGAGAUUAUUUUAAAGAAAUAGAGGCAGAAGAGUGGAGCAGCGGAGUGACCUCGGAGAUUUAUAUAUUGUCUCGAAAUCGUGGCCGCGUAAAAUCCUAAUAAAACGUUUCAUUCCGAUGUGAUCAACGCGCGAAUGCAAACAGUGAUCGAGAUGACAAAUGUUUGCUCUUUAAAUCAUCAUCCGCGCGAGCAAGUAUAAUUAAAGAGCGAGGUUGACUGGAGGGGAUCGUCUCCAAUUAACGUUAUCGAAGACACAUGUCCAGUGUUUUUCUUCUUUUCUUUCUCCUCCUCCUCUCCUCUCUUUCUCUCUCUCUCGCGACGAAUAAACGAAGGAAAUCGAAACGAUCGACGCGUCGAUCGUCGUAAAUCGUCUUCGCGAAAUUUAACAAUCCGAUUUUUCGAUCCCUCGCGCACCCACCCCCUCGUCGAGAGCAGCGAGCGCAUUCGCGAGUGACUCAAACAGUGUCCUCUCUCCCUUCCGGGGAGAGCGUGUGAAUUUGUGCGAAAUUCGUCGCGAACGAUUACUUCUCAACCAGUGAAAACAAAUUCCAGCACUGCCUUUCAGAGAACAGGAAACUCCACCGUCGAAAAGGAAAACUCGAUUAAUAGAAUUCGUCGUCGAAGAGAUUCGAGGCGCGCGAAUCACAGAGGAGAUCAAUCGUCCGAAAUAUCGAGGGACAAAAACGCAAGAGACGGAGGACCCUCCCCUCCCCUCCCCUCCCCUCCCCUUUCCUCGUCGACAUAGAUCCCCCCGAAGGAGGGAAGAUGGCAGGGGCGCGGCGAUGAGAGGGGCGCGAGGAAACGUUGGGAGCAUGGGGUAGAAAAAUGCGGCCCGGAAGGUCAGCUUGGACCCUGGCCGUGGUGGCCCUCGGAGUAGGGGCCUUGUUCCUGGUCGGAUGGCGGAUCGGCACGGGCGGCGACGCGUUGUCUGCUCCGUCCACGCCGAUCGAUUCGCCUUAUUUCGCGGUGGACGUCGCGUCGUCCGGGCCCCGGGCUCGCGUUCGCCGCGAAAAAGAAGACGAGAAGAAGAAGGAGGAGGAGGAGAAGGAAGAGGAGGAGGAGGAAGGAGAGCGGGGAGAGAUCGAGAGGGAGGAUCGAUCGGCUCCCAGCAGAGAUUAUUCACCGGCCGACCGAGAAACGAGAGGCGCGCCGCGUUCGAAUGGCAGAUCCGAGGAACGUUCGAAGGGAAGCUCGAGUAAUCCUCCCCCAAAUCUCGAGAACGGUUCGACGAUCGAUUUUGGGAGGAAGAAGAACGAAGAGGAGAGUGGAUCGAGGGCCACGGAUAAGUUGUUGUCUUUUCCUUGGACGAGAAAUUUGGAGGAGAGGGAGGAAGACGAUGACGAAAGGGAGGACGGAUCGAGGAGCAGAGGUAUAGGUUGGGGAGGGAAUGCGGGAGAUAAGGUCGCGAGCUCGUUGUCGAGCGAUCUCGCAAGGAAGGAGGGUAAUCGCGUAGACGAUUCAAGAAAAAUCUCGUUUCCAUGGAAUCCGGAGAGAGAGGAGGAUGAAAACUCGGAUGGGUCGAGAAGGUAUUCCUUGGAGAGGGUUGUCGGUCGCUCGCGCGAGAGUUUCGAGGAUGAUCGAGAAUCGACGAGUUAUUGGGUGUCGGGCUCGCCUCCAUUACGGGUGGAUCGUGACUCGCUCGCGUCGCUCGAUCCCGAGGAAGAAAAAGACGGAAUAAAGGACGAUAGGAGUAGUUGGACGAGUUAUCCCGCGGAAAAGUCGCUUCUCUUAUCGAACGUCGAAACGAAGGAGCGACGUAUCGAGGACGUGUCGUUGAAUCUCGAGGAUAAGAGGGAUCCGUCGAUUAAUUUCGAGAAAAAUCACGAGGAGAAAUGGAUCGAUCGUCGUUCGAAGGAAGGAAAUUUCCUGGGAACGGAAAUGGAUGGAAAGGAGGAGGAACGGGCGAGUGGACGAACAGCGAGGAGAAACGAGAGUUAUCGGGGGGACGAAAACGCGUGGAGACGAGAGAAUAACCGCGAAACGAGCGAGGAUCCGAUUACAAAGGGGAUCGAUCUCCUCCCGUCGUCGCAGCGGAGUGGAAAGAGAGGAAGGGGAGAGGAGGAUGGAACUCGGUUUUCGACGGACGACGACGAGCAGAGGACGAGGACGGGCACGUUGAAUGGGCCGAGUGAAAGGAGCAGCGACGUUGAGGAGAAUUUGUCGCGCGAGGUGAAUGGGCGAUCGAUGAAUGAAGUGGAGAAGAGUUCGGGGCAAACUUACCUCGGCUCGGGCCGCUCCUUAACGUCCGAUGCACGCGCGAACCGAGGCGAAACCGAGGCGAGGAAAGCGGAAAGUAUCGUAAUUCCCCCCGAAUCCGAAUCUGGCCACCAUCCCUCGAACCAACCUCGUUCAUCGUCCACCGAAAGGGGAGGGUGGAGACGAGUCCCGUGGAAUACAAACAAGAAGGAGGAGGAACAUGUUGACGAACGAUCGAUCUCGAUCGAGGAGGUUGGGACGCGGUGGAACGAGAUCGUGGCCGAUUUCCAUAAUUCCGAGCGGGCAGAACAAGGAUAUGGACGAGGCGGGGAGUCGAUCUCGCCCGAUUCCUACCCUCCAGCAACGCCGAUGCCGCCACGGGAUCUUUUUUUUCGCCGGGAUCACGGAUCCUCCGCGAACACGUUCGUGAGUGGCCGUGGGGAAGGGAAUCGGGAUCGAGGGAAUAUCCUCGAAGGAACGAGACCUCCCAUCGUCCACUCUCCGACCAUCGAUAUUCGCGGGAUCGACGAAAAAUUAGAAAACAACGACGAUAACGAUGAUGAUGACGGUGAUGAUUCGCGUUUGGAAGGAUUGCGAAGAGAAUCGUUCGACGAGGAGUUUCCGAGCGCGGUGGAGGAAAGGCACGGAAAGGAGGAGGAUCUGGGACGCGAAUGGAGUGAAAAUUUGGUGGGGGGAGAAGAGAAGACGGGGGACGAAUGGUCGAAGGAAAUGGUGGAGAAAUUUGAGAGACGAGCGGGUCGAAUUCGUCGAAGGAGGUACGCGAAUUACUAUUCGCAACAAUCCGCCACCCCCAUGGCGUACGUGCACAUCCAACCGGUGUAUCCGGUGGCGCAGGCCCCACCGCCGAACAGGAAGUGCGUACAAUGCAUGGUUGUUUACAAACCUUGCCCAUCCACGCCUAGACAACCACCUUUCCCAACGUAUAAGUAUCAGGAGCUGGCUUCCAAGUGGUUCGGGCUUAAAUAUGGGUGUCGAUGCAACCCCGUUGGCUCGGUAAGCUCCACCUGCGACAUCGUGACGGGUCAAUGCCAGUGCAAGCCUCACGUGGCAGGCAGGCAGUGCGAUCAAUGUACGGUUGGCUUCUGGGGCUUGCCUGGGGGAGCCGGAUGCGCCCCCUGCGGCUGCGACCCGAUCGGGGCGCGCAACUCUUCCUGCCACGAGGCCGUGGGCCAGUGUUACUGCAAGCAGGGCGUGGGUGGGACGCGUUGCGACACGUGUCUGCCCGGAUAUUACGGAUUCUCCUCGAACGGGUGCCAAGCGUGCGAUCCGUGCGUACGUCCAGGUCACAUCUGCGACCCGGACACAGGUCGCUGCGUGUGCCCGACCCUGACCUUCGGCGAGCACUGCGACCGAUGCAGGCCCGGCUCCUGGGAUUUGGUGGCGGGGGUUGGGUGCAGGCCGUGCGCGUGCACCCUCGGCUCCACGAAACCCCACUGCGACCACCGGGGACAAUGCCCUUGCAGGAUAGGCUACGCGGGGCUUAGGUGCGAGAGGUGCGCGAAAGGGUACUACGGUUACCCCAGGUGUCGACCGUGCGGUUGCAACGCGGCCGGUACAACGCGCUGCGACCGCGAGACUUGCGAUUGCGACGACGAGGGACAGUGCCCUUGUAAGGAACACGCGGUUGGAAGGCAGUGCGAUCGAUGCAAGGAAGGUACGUUCGGUUUGGCGGUGGACAAUCCGAAAGGAUGCACCGAGUGCUUCUGUUUCGGGAGGACGACUUCUUGCCGGCAGGCUGGCCUUAGUUGGGGGCAACGGAGAUUGCCGCGUCCACGAACCCUUUACGUCAACGACACCAUCAACGAGAUAGCGGUGAGCAAAUUUAGGUCGAAAAUCUUUUUGUCUCCCGUCAACGGAGGUUUGAACAUGACCAACGGACUCUCCACGAUUCCUGACACCGAAGGUGAUGUCACGAUACCGGCACACUUGUAUUACAAUUAUCCACUCUAUUGGAUGCUGCCCGACUCCUUUCUUGGCGAUAAGGUCGUAUCUUACGGAGGAUUUUUAAGAUUUACAAGCUCGACGGAGGGUGGGAUACCUUUGAGGUCGACUUUUCAAUACCCGAUAGUGCAACUGCAGGGGAACGAUAAAAUUGUCCUGGAAUAUUAUUUACCCGUGCCUGCCAACGAUAAUCAUUACGAAGUCAGAUUUCACGAGUCGUUGUGGCAGUUGCAGAACAGGCCCGAUUACAAAGUGACGAGGGAGGUUCUGAUGGUUGCGUUGCAAAAUUUGCAGUACAUUCUGAUAAAAGCUUCCGACAACGCCGAAUUUACGAAGGCGACUUUACUCGAAGCCUCUAUGGACGCCGCAGUUUUAACACCUACACACAUCCCACAACUCGCAACCGGUGUCGAGAUUUGCAAAUGUCCCCCGGAGUACAACAGCACAUCCUGCCAGGAUCCAAGCAUCGGUUACUAUCGAUGGUACAAAAAUACGACGGUUACGUCGACGAUCGUCAUCGAUCUAGUCGGAGAGGCAAAAGCCUGCCAGUGCAACGGAAGAUCCAAUAUUUGCAACAUAGAGACGGGAUAUUGCUUGAAUUGUCGAGGAAAUACCGCGGGACCAAGAUGCGACAUUUGCGCGGACAGUUUCUACGGGCAUGCCGACUUCGGCUGCAAACCGUGCCCCUGCCCGCAAGCGGACAAAAGAUUUUCAAGUACUUGCACGAUUCUCGCCAACGCGGAACCGAUCUGCGUUUGCAAACCUGGUUACACCGGGAGGAAAUGCGAGCGUUGCUCGGCCGGUUAUUACGGAUUUCCUCAUCUGCCCGCUGGAAAAUGCACACCGUGCGAAUGCAACCCGGCUGGAAGUUUGAACGAUGAAUGCGACACGGAAACGGGGCAAUGCAGGUGCAGAGCCGGGUCCACGGGCCGCGAUUGCUCCGAAUGCACGGCGUAUCGCCACGUUUUUAUAAACAACGUUUGCACGUCGUGCAACGAUAACUGCACCGGUAUACUGCUCGACAAUUUGGCUGCGCUUUCCCAAGAAUUAGCCGAGGGUACCGUGCACAUAGCGGACGGAUACGUCCCCCCUCCGUGGCAGGAAUUGUCGUACAUCGAUUCGAACACGACCGAGUAUUUGGAAGAAAUGAAUCGGCGGAACAGAUUGAAGCAAAGGAUGAAAAAUAUCCCGUGGAACAAGUACAGGGAAUUAUUGAAGGAAGUGGAAGUGUUGCUCAGAGCUGCUAAUGAACAAGUGAAACGCUCGGAUAAUCUAAAUUCAAAAAGCAACGAUUUAAAGAAUAACAUAUUCAGCGCAAAGAUCGAAAUGGAUAAUCUGAAGAAGUACAUAGAAGACACGAUUCUACUGUUGAAUCAAUACAGCAAUGAAAACAAAAGGAUAGAAUUGAAGAAGGCGUUGAAAACGGCGAAGAUGAUUUUAAACGGUAUGAAGGAAGCGAACUUAACAAGGAAGAGAAUGGAAGUGGAGAGUUUUCUCGGCGAUGCCCAGGAGACGAUCGGUUGGUUAAAAUCCUUGUACGACGCAACGGAGCCACUCGCGAUCGCUCAAGACGACGCGGAAGAAUACUCGAUAAAGUUGAACGACGUGAGAAGCAUCAUAGAGGAGACGAUGGAAACGUUGUUCACGUACGACGGAUUGUACAACGAUAUUAAUGAAACGUUUUCAAAGGCUAAGAAUCAUUGCGACGAGAUCAACGGGUUGCGCAAUAACUCGUCCAUUGUCGAAGGGGAAAAGUUGACCAACGAGACGCGCGGUUUCAUCCUCGACUUCCAAAAUAACGUUCAAGAUCUUCCAGAACUGAGAAACAAAUUAGCAUACUGGUUUGAUAAAUUGGGUAUGAAGGAGGAACUGCUGUACAGAUUAAAUUACGAAUAUAACGACACAUACGUGAUACCCGCGAUUGCACACGUGAAGAAUUUAUCGAGCUACGUUGACCAGUACGUCAGUCUGUUUUCCGAGACAAGAAACAUCGCAGCUAGCCCGCUCAAGGCCAGCCAAGCGUACAAGAAUAUCGUCGAUAACAUAAGGAGCGCGAAUAUCACAGCGAUGGAAGGUAAAGAGAUUACGAACGACGCGUACAACAAGACGUUCCCCAACGGGCCGAAUUCGAAAUCGUUGUUGGACAUUGCCAAAGAGGUGUCGAGGGCAUCGUCCAAACAGUUGGAACGAGCGAAACAGCACGAGGAAUUGGUAAAAAAGGCGAGUGUUGAAUUGGAAUUGCAAAAGGAAGCUGUGACCCUUUUGAAAAAUACUUUGAACAACACUGGAAUCAGAGACAAUCAGGUUAAUCUAAAAUUGCAAAAGUUGAAAGAUGAUAGUAAGAAAUUACGAGAAGAUGUAGAAAAUAUAUUGAAAGAGAACGAGAUGGUGCUGGAGAACGUGAAAAUAUCGCGAAAACUUGUCGAGGAUUACGAGGAAGGAAUUGCCGAUAGAUUGAAACCGAAACUGAACGAAUUGAAGAGGGAGGGUGAUUCCAAGAUUAGCCUGGCUAGCGAAAAAUUGACGGAAGCGCUCAGCAACACGAAAAAAGCAGACGCGAGAUUGAUAAGCUUCUCGAAUGCUGCCGCGAAGAGGAAGAAUGUAUUCGACAAGUGGAACGAUACGUUGGCCACGAAAUUGCAGAAUCUCAAAGACAAAAUUGCCGAAGCUAGAAAUACCGCUGACGGAAUUCGCGUUUCUUUGAAAUCGGCCGAAGGAAAGGAAUGCAGCCGCUCCUACAGGCCGUCUACAUUGCAGCCAACGUCGACGAAUACAAUCGUGAUGACGUUCGCGCUUCCAAAAGGGAAGAAAGAAGGCUCUCUAUUUUAUUUGCCGAGCAGCAUAAACGACGACUUCAUCGCUCUGGAGCUGGUCGACAGGAAGGUGAGAUUCGUAUGGAACGUUGGAGGAGGUACGGGCAUUCUUACGCAUCCCGAGAUCAUACACAGCAGCGAUAUUCAGGACGACAAGUUCUGGUACCGCAUCGAGGCUGAAAGGGUACGGCACGUAGGUAAAUUACACGUGCGAAAGCAAGUGUCGACAUCUAGGGGGUAUCCCGUGGUGAAGAAUUCGACCAGCUCCGAGUACGGUCGUUUCGACAUUACCACGUCGGAUCGUGUCUGGAUAGGGAAAAUUCCCAGACCGGAGCGGAGGAGGACCGAGCUUAUCGCGUCUACCGGCCUUCCCGGUUGUAUACAUCAAGUCAUCCUAGACGGGAAACCUAUAGGCCUUUGGAACUUUGUUACAACCGCGCCAGACAUGGCUUGCGAGGCGUGCGUGGAAGGAGUGGAAGAUGUCAGCGACGACACGGUUUACAGUUUUAACGGAGAGGGAUACGCGGUGAGAAACAGAGUUUCUUCUGGCCCUUACAAUCCGUACCGGUUUGUAAUAUCGAUUAACUUCAGGACUUACGACGAGAACGCCUUGCUGUUUCUGGCAAUCAAUCCGGACAACAAUCAACACGUCAUAAUAUUCCUUCGAGAAGGGAAAGUGAUUCUGCAGAUUGGUUACGGUAGUAACGUCAGCAUGGAAAUGUCCUCAAACUUUAAAUAUAAUACCGGCAACUGGACAAAGGUGGAUGCAUUCAGAUAUUACCAAUUGCAUAAAAACAUUGAAAAGUGUAGCUUGAGCGUAGGGGAAAACGACAAGAGAAUCGGGGCACCCGCUACUCAGCCCAAAAAGGAGGAUAUUCCCAAUUUUCUUCAAGCUAAAUAUUACAUCGGCGGUGUCCCACCGAGUUUUCGCGCGGACAAGUUAAUGCUACCCUCCCAAGUGUCUUUCCUUGGCUGUAUGUCUAAUAUCAUAAUCGAGGUGGGCUAUGAUCCAAUGGCGGAACAGUAUUAUGGCGUUGAGCCUAUUUGCGCGAAUAAGCCAUUAAGGUUGGUAGGAUUUUACGGAGACGGUUAUUUGCAACAUGCAGCAUACACUCUACGCAAAAUAAACUCGACGGUGAGUUUCUCGUUUAGAACGAUGCAGGAGAAGGCCGUGCUCCUUCUUUCCACGUUUGAAGGGCAAGAAGAACGUAUGCCACUCAUACGACACAUGAACGACGAAUCAAACAAAAAGAGUUAUUAUUCCGUGUGCAUAAUGAACGGACAAGUUGAAGUGCGCUUGAACGCAGGGAAAGGAGAGCUCGUUUUACAAUCGAACGACACUUUCAACGAUGGAAGGUAUCACUCGGUGACAAUAAUUAAAAGGCGGAAAGACAUCGAGUUGAGAAUAGACGAUGCUUAUCAGACGGCGGGUAAAUUACCGACUAGUGCCGCUAUUAAAGCUCCUGAAGAGAAUGGAGGAUUAUUCUUCGGAGGUUUGCCAGUUCUUAUCAACAAUACCGAAAUGAUUUCCACCACGACUCCAUUGUAUGGUGCUAUUAAAGACGCGAUAUUUAACGACGAUAUUAUUCGAUUCGACGAAGUUAUCAGUUUCGAGCAUGCAUUGAUCGGUCGUUCUGGACCAAGUAUGGGAAAAGAUCCACCUACUUAUACACCAUCGGCUUCGUUAUCAAGAGGAAUGUCUACACAACCGGAAGGAUGUCAGAAAGUACCGUAUUAUUCUCUGGAAGCUGGUGCUCUAAAGUUUGGCGACAAACCAAACAGCCACACUCAACUCUAUUUAAAUUUUAAAAAAUUUUGGGAGAAGAAAUACGCCAUAGAAUUUGAUUUCAGAACGUAUUAUCCAAAUGGUCUUUUGUUCAUUACACCAGGUCUUAGACCAAAGCACUAUCUCAUGGUCGUGAUACGGGAUGGACAACUUUUACUUUUAGUGAAGAGCAAACAGAAGAAAGAGAUAUUGUUUAAAAUGCCGUUUAAUGACGGUAAUUGGCAUCACGUAGUGAUCAGUCACGAUGAAAGGAAAUUGACGUUGCUCGUAGAUUCUCUAACACCGCAUACUAUUAAAGUACCAAGAAAGAUUGGACUGGCUUCUAUGAUGUAUAUAGGAGGUCUACCUGAAAGUGGCACACCGAUUCCUGAACAAGUUGUGGUUAAACUUGAAACCCUAAAAGGCUGCAUCAGAGGAUUGAGGAUCAAUGGAAACGUGUUUGAUAUGGUUGGUUCCACGAGUAGAGCUUAUCAAGUUGGACAAUGCUUCCCAAAUGUGGAAAGUGGGGCUUAUUUCCAAGAUGAAGCAUAUGCCAUAUAUAAGAGAAACUUUGAAUUAGGUGCAGUGCUUGAACUUCAAUUGGAAUUUAGAACAUCGGAAUUGUCAGGUGUUUUGCUUUCCAUAACGGCACCCGGCAAUUCGCCUUCAUUGUCAUUGGAGCUGAAUAAUGGCAAAGUGAUCAUGUCGGGUGAUCUGGGAGAUAACAAUCCAUUAUAUGCUGAGCAACGUUUUACUAGUCCAUACACGAUCUGUGACAAUCGAUGGCACAGAAUACAAGCGGUUUAUAAUGAUGAGGAAUUAGCAUUGAAGGUUGACGAGAUGGAUCAGAAGUAUGGCCUUCCACCUAACGUCAAUUAUCAUAUGAUGGAUUCUACAAUCUCUGGACCUCUCUACAUUGGUGGUUUGCCAGCCUCUGCACCAAAAGGAACAUUAAUGACAAGAGAUCAUUUCAAUGGAUGUAUAAGAAAUGUAAUGAUAGGGGGAGAAAGACGGGAUUGGACAGACAUGGAUGAAUUGCAUAACAUUCACUUGAGCUCCUGCCCAGUACAAUGAUAAUCAGUACAAUGUGUGAACUCCUCUGAGUCAUUCAAUUUAGUUCCAAAGACUGUUCAAAGGAUGCACAAUGAAAUGAAAGGUUUCUAUGAACGGUGUUCAAAUACGAUUUCACACCAGGAUCAAGUGCCAUAUCAUGAUGGGAAAUUCUCUAAUUGUUAAGACAUAAGAUUAAACGAAGCCAAAAGAUGCUAACAUGCAAAUGCAUGAAGUUUGUAUCAAUGUUUCUCAAACUUGUUUUUACUUGUUAUAAAUUUCUAUGAUAACAAAUUCUUACAAAAUGUUAAUGAAAAUCCUUUGUAUUUUUAUACGUAUUUGAUAACAAAUUAUAUUUAUAUUAAAAAUAAG